AUGCCAGACAGCAGAGUCAAGAGUUCCUACAGCACAACUGCCAUGAUGUUGCAACUGGUGUUUUUAGUGAGCCUUGCCCUGCAUGGGCUCUGUUCUGGACAGGAACGUGUCAUUGGAGGGACCGAGGCAAAACCCAACGCGUGGCCAUGGCAGGUCUCCCUUCAAGGUUACGCUAGUUACUGGUACCACACCUGUGGUGGCACCCUGAUCCUCAAGAGAUGGGUGUUGACUGCUGCUCACUGUGUCGAUAGCGUAAAUCUGUCAUACCGUGUAGUCUUGGGCGAUCACAACAUUUAUGAGGAUGAUAGAACCGAACAGUACAUUUAUGUUGAAAAUAUCAUUCGCCACGAAGGUUGGACUGGCGACCUUGCAAUUGGGAACGACAUUGCUUUGCUUUACCUGGCGAAAGAUGCUGUCCUGAACCAGUAUGUCCAGUUUGGAGUAUUGCCCAAGGCAGGUUCUACGUUACCAAAUAACUACCUGUGUUACGUCACUGGCUGGGGCUACACUCGAAAUGGUGGGACAGUUAAUCCUACUCUUCAGCAGGCUCCCAUUAGGGUUGUUGCCUAUGAAAUAUGUUCUGAGCCUGCAUGGUGGGGUGAUUAUGUUACACCAAACAUGGUGUGUGCUGGAGGUGAUGGUAUUGUUGCUGGUUGUCAGGGAGAUUCUGGUGGGCCUCUAAAUUGUCAGCAUGAUGGGGUAUUCGAGGUUCAUGGAGCCACCAGCUUCGUCGCUGCAGCAGGAUGUGACACCUACAUGAAACCAACAGUUUGGACCCGUGUUUCAGCUUACAUCGGCUGGAUCAAUGAUAAAAUCGCUUUUCAUCAAUCUGGAUUGUGAUGGACAAAGUGCAGCUCA